AUGAAAAACAGGGUUUAUAUAUUAGUAGAUAAUAAAUUAUUUAAGUUAAAAGAAUUAUAUUUUUGUAUAAUAUGUUCAAAAAUUAAAAGUGAUUUUAAUUUGAAGAAAGAAAUUGAAUAUUAUUAUUGUAAUGGAUGUACUGAAAUUUAUACUAAAAAUGAAACUUCUCUUUAUUCUUAUGAAUGCUUACGAUGUUUUAACUGUCCUUUUUGUUUUAGUUGCCUAUCAGUUGCUCAUAAAAAUUUAGAGAAUUCACUCUCAAAUGUAAAUAAUAUGGAAUUAAAAAAUAAUGAAAUAAAAGAUAGUUAUACAAAGAAAAAUAGUAAGAGAUAUGAUAAUGGAUUUACAAGCUCAAGUAUUUAUAAAAACGAGAAUGAAGACAUUUAUAAAUUUUUUGAAAAAAAUACUUCAAAUAGUGACUAUGAUGAUAAAAUAGAAAAUAAUUUAAAGAAGGAAUUUAUAUCAAAUGAAGAAAAUAAUUUAAAAAAUAAAUUUAUGAUGAAUAAACAAAAUGAAUUAAUUAAAAAAGAUAAAAAAUUAUUUUACUUUAAGUGUCAUUAUUGUUUGUGGUCAUCAAUUUAUUCUAUUUUUAACACCAAAUUAGAUGAACUAAUAGGAGAUAUGAUAAUUUUUGAAAAAAAUUGUAUAUUUAGAUGUUAUUUUAGAAACAUAUUAAAUGAAAUAAAAAAGAGUAAUGAACUACUAAAACAAAAAAAAAUUCUUAAAAGAAUAGAUCUAUAUUCGUCAAAUCAUAAAAUAGAAAAUCUUAAUUCUUUAGAUGACUGGAUUUCUAAUAAAUUAAGUGAAACAAAAAAUGAAGAAAAUAAAAAUCAGUUUUUAAACGGAGAACACUCUUCAUUAAUAUGUAAAUCUAAAAUACAAAUAGACAAAAUAAGUUUAAAAGAUAUAUUAAAUGGUGAACAUAUUAAAAAUGAUAAAGAAUUUAAUGAUAUUUUUGAAUUACAAAAUGAAAAUGUAAAAUAUUUAGAUCUGAUCAUAUUACAAAAUCAGAAUAAUUUAGAAGACAAUGAAGUUAAUGAAACAACGGAUGAUUAUAAAAACAAUUAUAUUGAAAAUGGUGAUAAUAUAAAAUAUAAGAAAGAAAUAAAUAAAGAAAAUAUAGAAGUGGAAGAAAAAGACCAUAAUAUAGAAAAUAAUGAUAUAAAUAUUGCUUUUGAAAAAAAAGACAAUGAUGAUAACGUAGAAAAAAAAGAUAAAGAUAGUAAUACUAUAUAUUAUAACCAAAAUUACAUUAAUAAAAAAGAAGAAAAUAAUCCAAAUAAAAUAAAUAACAAAAUAAGUAACUUAAAGAAUAAUAAAUUUUCAAAUAUAAUAAUUAAUUCAAAAAACUAUCUAUCAUUUGAGCAUCUCUAUGAUUAUCCUUAUAAUUUUUACAAAGGUAUAGAUGAGUUAAAACCACUGAGAAAAAAGUUAUUAGCAAAAAAAUCAAAAAGAUGUUCAAAGUGUAAACAAUAUUUACUAAAAUUUCAUAAUUCUAAUUUAUAUUCUACAUUUCGACUUAAUAAUAAUGCUAUGAAAUAUAUUCCUAGAAUUUACAUUAAUGAUUUUAGAAUAAUUAAAAAAAAAAAUGGAAUUUUAAAUUUCGUUUUAAUAAAUCCAUUAGACUUCGAAAUGAAUAUAAAAAUAAUACCACAAAUAGAACAUAAUUUUUUAAAAAAUUUGAAUAUAAAUAAAAUACCUAUAAAUUGUGAAUCAAAAGCAAACAGUUUUGAAUUUAUUAUGAACACCUAUGAUGAAAUUAUAGAUGAUUUAUUAAAAGAUGAAAAUGAUAUUAAAACUGUAAUAACAAGUGAAAAUAUAAUUAUUAAAAAACAGAAUAAUAUGGCAUUAAUAGUUAUUAGUUUUAUUUAUAUUGAAAACCCAAAUGAUUUUACAAUAGAAAAUAAAUCUAACAUUCUAAAUGAAGAAAGAAAAGAUUCAUUAGAACAAUCGAUAAAUUUAAAUUUUCCUUUAAUUUUAGAAUGCUCUUUUUCUGAUAAAUUAAAAAAGAUACAUAAAAUAACUUUAAAUCUUCUUUUUACAAAUGAUAUUAGCACAAACAAAUUUUAUAAUUAUUUACUUAAUUCUUAA